CAGCAGCAGCACCAAGAGCAGCAUUUUGCCUGCAGGACCUGAUGCUCAUCCAUAUUAAACCGUCUGAGCUCAGGAAUCCAGCCAGAUCAUCUCCUCCUAGAGCAAAGUUUAUUUUUAACUAGCGAGAACCAUCGUAUCCCGGAUGGUGCUGCUGUUAGUACUGUGGCCUCACGCGGAAAGGACUAACAAACGUUCUCACUACCACGUUAGCUAGCAAACUUUGUUCCUGCUUAACCUUGCUUUUUUUCACUUUUUUAUAUAUAUACAGUUUUCUGUAUAUAGUUUUCUUUUUCAUUUUACCACUUGUUGCAGUCAUCUGGGAGUUGAGAUGAAGACAUCCCAUUUACGAAACCUAAAGUGACCCCCCCCCCACACUGGUGACGGGAACAGUGGAGCUGCGAUCACCGAUGGAAAAGCAGGCUUCUGUGUAUUGGUGCUCACCUGGGGGAAGAAUGCUGCCUGCAAGCUUCUCAGCAAGACCUUGUCAGUUCCAGCCCUUUCAGCAGACAGGGAGCAGUCUGGUUGUUGAAGUGUUAGAAAGAGCAGCUGCAGUUGUUGCUGAUCCUUUGUUCACUGUUACAAAUACACUAACUGAGAAGAGUGGAAAGCAGGAUACAAAAAACCCCCCUGAUCACAUGGCAAAGGGAAAUGGAGAAGGAGAGGUGAUGGGCUUAAAAGACCAGAUAAAAGCAGUUAGCCUCCUUAAUGGCUCUGAGGUGAAUGACUUGUCUUCUGUUAAAGCUAUGAUGUCCGCAGUCAUGAACGUUACUAGUGUUGCAGAAAAUGGUGGCAGUUUGCAGAACACAAAAUCACCAGCAAAAUCGCCUGCUCCAAAUCGGAUUGGAAGAAGGAAUCAGGAAUCGAAGGAGGAAAAGUCUUCUUACAUCUGUCCAUUGUGUGAAAAGUUCUGCAAUUCACAGCACCAGCUAACAAUGCACAUCCGUCAGCAUAAUACUGACACUGGAGGAACAGACCAUAGUUGCAGUAUCUGUGGGAAAUCUCUCAGCUCAGCCAGCUCACUUGACCGCCACAUGUUAGUGCACUCUGGUGAGAGGCCAUAUAAAUGUAAUAUGUGUGGGCAGUCAUUCACCACCAAUGGGAACAUGCACAGACACAUGAAGAUUCACGAAAAAGAUCCGAAUGCCCAAGUGACUACAAGUCCCCCAUCACCACAAAAACGUAGGAGGCUGUCAUCAAAAAGGAAAUCCAGUAAUGAAGGAGAGACUGAAAAAGAAGAGUCCCCUCCAGCAAAAAAGGUGUUGGAAGAGAGUCCCCCAGCUGAGCCGGAGAAGAAGGCUGAAGAGGUUUUCCCUUGUUCUUUGUGUUUGAAAGAGUUUCCAUGCAAGCCGACUUUGGAUGCUCACAUGGAGACACAUCCUGAAGCCUCUCUAAAGUGUGAUACUUGUUGCAUUUCAUUUCGAACUCACCGAGGUAUGGUGCGUCAUAACGCUGUAAUACACAAGCUGCUCCCCACAGAUUCAUCAGGAAAGCCUUUCAUUCAGAACAACCAGUCCAUCCCGGCAGGAUUCAAUGAUCUAGGAUUCAUGGACUUUUCUUGCAGGAAAUUCCCUAUCAUUUCUCAGGUUUGGUGUGAAUCAAAUUUGCGAAGAUGCAUCAGUGAAUUUCAUCGCUUCAUCUGUGAGAUCUGUAAUAAGGCAUUCCCCAUGUAUUCAUCCUUGACCCUGCACAAAGAAACUCACAAAGGUGGCCAGCAUAGCACUAAGAACAAUAAUGAAAACACAUCUGAUGAAAACCAAGACCAGAAAGCUUUUAUGGCAGCCUUGGGCCUGCAGCACACCAAAGAUAUGAAACCCGCUAACCAAGAUGACUGUGUACCAGACUGUUAUGAGGCGAUGCGCCGAGAAGCUCUGAAGAGCAAUCUACCUCAGGAAUUUGGUGGCAUGAACAUGCUGAACUUGUCUCCUUUAGAAGCUCCUACAGUAGGAGGCCCAUUCUCAGUCCUGCCGCCAACAAAAGAGAACCUGAAGCUGCUUACACUGCAACCUUUUCAAAAAGGCUUUACUAUGCAGCCUGAGACCAGCAUUGUGGUCAAACCUAUCUCUGGAGAGUUGGCUGACAUUCAACAGAUACUGAAGAUGGCUGCUUCAGCACCACCUCAGAUAAAUCUUACUUCACUUGCUAAAACAUGUCCUGGCAGCACACACACCAGUUUUAAGCACAUGCCUCCAUUGAAGCCAAAGCCACUGGUGGCACCUCGUACAGUUGUUGCCACCUCUACACCCCCUCCUAUUGCGAACACUCAACAGUCAUCUCCAGGUUGCAUCAGCCCAAGCCUUCCUCCCCCACCCUUGCGGAUGGUGAGGAACAGUGUGGAAUCUCCAACAAGCACCAUAUUUUUGCAAUCCAGGUCUUCAGUUCAACCCUCCCAAACUUUAAACAGUGAUCCAAUAAAAAGACAGCUAGAACAGGACAGUAUUAUUGAAGCAUUCAUGCCUUUAGACUUGGAGACUAAGAUCAAAAAGGAAGGUUCUGAUAGGGAUCUGAAAUCCAUUAUCUCUGGAGCAAACAACAAAAAAAAUACUCAGUCAAAAAAGGUAUUUUAUCCUUGUCGUUUCUGUGAUCAAGUAUUUACAUUUUCUGGUGUGUUAAGGGCUCACAUUCGCACACAUUUGGGGAUAUCACCUUAUCAGUGCAAUAUUUGUGACUAUAUUGCAGCUGACAAGGCAGCACUAAUUAGGCACCUUAGAACACACAGUGGUGAAAGGCCAUACAUAUGUAAAAUUUGCCAGUAUCCUUUUACUGUUAAAGCCAAUUGUGAGAGACAUCUGCGCAAGAAGCACCUUAAAGUCACUAGAAAAGAUAUUGAAAAGAACAUUGAUUAUGUCUCCAGCAAUACAGCAGAUAUUGUGGAUGCCAUCUGCACUCCAGAUACCGUGUGCAAAUGCUGUGGGGAGGACUUAAAGAAUUUCCGUGCACUUCACAUACACAUGAAAACGCACAACAGCUUUCAGAAAAAGACUCGAUUUGAGUGCAAAGAAUGUGGCAAUGCAUUUUCUGCCAAAAAAAAUUGUAUUCACCACAUUCUUAAGCAGCACCAGCAUGUACAGGAGAAAGACAUUGACAGCCAUAUCUUGUCAGUGGCCUGUAGCCCUGAGCAAAAAAGAUCAGAUACUCCACAGUUGGAAGACAGCACUUACAGAGAUCAAAAGUCUUCCUCCUCAUUUGUGGAAUCACAGAAUGGUUUCCUUCCUGGAAUUCUCUCUUCUUAUCCAGUAAAACUUGAACCUGCUACAAGCUUUCCUAUAGACCUUGAUGAGCCUUUGGACUUUUCUCAAAAGAACAAGAACCCUUGUGGGCUUCAAGUAAAGCAAGAGCAAAUCUACAACACCUACCAUGUCUCUUUUGAUUGUUCAAUGGAGCCUAUUGAUCUUUCAAUCCCUAAACACACUAAACAGGAUAAAGUUGUUGCUCCAGAUCAAGCAGAGCAGGCAUCUGGACCUCCUGAGCCACUAUAUAACUGCCAGUCGUGCCCACUCCCCCUAAGUGCCAAUGAUAGCCUAGACAAAGGUACAGGGCUCACACAUUCCAAACUAAUGAAAAAUCCCCUCCAUUUGACAGUCCCUAUCAUUUCACCAGCUGUUCUUGGCAAUGCAACUAUACUACGCCCCUUGAGACCUAAGCCUCCACCUCUUUUGCCAAAACCUACAGCCACUAAAGAACUUCCCCCUUUGGCUUCCAUUGCGCAGAUCAUUUCUUCUGUAUCAUCUGCUUCCACUUUAUUGAAAACCGAGAUUAUACCCCCUGCUUCUCGCAUUGCUGCCAAUACUUCACCUGCCACUGAGAAAUCUGGGGCUUCCAAAUCCAAAGCAAAAGUCAUUCAAAAAGAGCUUUCUAAUUCCUCUGAUGUACCAUGCUCUGCAGGAAGCACAACUUCUGAAAACUCCUCCAACUCUACUGCUUUGGUGGUAGCUGCUAAAAAACGUGGUCGAAGGAAAGGAACAAAAAAUAAACCUAAAGCAGCUACUGGACUGGAUCUGGAGUCAAGCGGUGAAUUUGCAAGUAUAGAGAAGAUACUGGCCACAACUGAUACAAAUAAGUUCAGCCCUUAUUUGCAGCCCACAGAAGACACCAAAGAAAGUGCUGAAAAAAAUGCAACCAGUGAAGACGAGAGGGAUAGCGGUGAAGAUAAAAGGGGAAAGCGAAAUUCCUACACUAACUCUUUGCAAAAAAUUACUUGCCCUUAUUGUCCACGUGUUUUUCCUUGGGCGAGUUCUUUACAAAGGCACAUGCUCACUCACACUGGUCAGAAGCCCUACCCCUGUGCAAAAUGUGAUGCCUUCUUUUCUACCAAAUCUAACUGUGAACGCCAUCUCUUGCGUAAGCACGGAGUUGCCAACCUCUCCUUAAGAAGAAACGGUCUUAUGCCCCAGUCUAAAGAAAGUGACGUUGGAUCACAUGAUAGCACAGACAGUCAGUCAGAUGCAGACUUCUCUGCUGCAGAGGGGGAAGUAUUAGACCUCACUUCUGGGGAAAAGACUAAGUUGGAAGAAGUUUUUGUCAAAGACAAUCUGCCUGUGUCAGUGAUUAACCAAGCUGAAGAGGAGACAUUUCAUAGCAAGGACGACGCUAAAGCAGAAUCCCAGGAAUACAAAGAACAAUUGGAGGACGAUGCUGUGAGCAACAAAAGCCUUGAUCUCAACUUUGCAAGCAAGCUGAUUGAUUUCAAACUCUCCACUAGUCACCGUUCUGCAAGUAGUGGUGUCAACUCCUGUGAUAUCUGUGGAAAAAGCUUCAAGUUUGCUGCUACUUUAGGCAGGCACAAAAAGGCCCAUUCCUGUGAAAAAAGGGCACAAGACAAGAGCAGUGAAGAGGAUGGAAGCAAAGUCACACCUGAAUCUGUAUGUAUCCUACCCCAACCUAGCAGCAGCACUGUGACCCAACAUAGCAUCAGCACCGAGACCCAACAUAGCAGCAGCACUGCGAGUGAAGAGAAGGACAACGACCUUCCAGUUGACUUGAAAGUGUCAAAAUCUCCAGAGGAGAGUGAUAUGUCUGGAAAGAGGAAUGUUGACAUUGAUAUGGCUCUUGCAGAAGAAGAUACAGAGAGAAGGUCAUCAGAGAAAAGUGAUGAUGACAAAGAAACGCAAGCUAAUGAAACAAAAGGGUCAUCAAAAGCUGACAAAAGAAAAAAGAUAUGCAAUGUGUGUAGUAAGCGCUUCUGGUCCCUCCAGGAUCUGACAAGACAUAUGAGAUCACACACAGGUGAAAGGCCUUAUAAAUGUCAAACCUGUGAACGCACAUUCACUCUGAAGCAUAGUCUGGUUCGCCAUCAGCGCAUCCACCAGAAGGUUAAGGAUGUGAAGAACCAAGAAAAAGACAGUGACAAAGAGGACCGCCAUCUGAGAUGUGAGGACGACAGUGAUGCCGAGUCCAUGCAGAGCAGCACACACCAUACAUCCGAGAAUGAAUGUGAAGUAUCUCCUAGUCUUAACCAAUCUGUAACCAGAAGCAAAAAGAUACAAGUAGCAAAUUUAACAGCAGAAGAUCUAUCUUCAAAAUCUGAACAUUUGUCUCAGACGGACAACCCAAGACAACUUUCAGAAACGGCUGAUAUUAAAGAUUCAGAAACUCCUAAAAGCACACAUCGCUAAAGCUUCCAGGAAUCUGAAACAUCUCACAAAAAUCCUACUCCUUUUCCCUCGGACAAUGCUAUGCCCAAUUCGGGAGCUAAAUGAGCUAGAGCUAUGGGAAACCUCUCAUUUCAAAGAGACAAAAUGAUCAUAUUGCUAAUUAUUUUUCAUUUUUUUCUCUGGCUCUAGGCCUGUGUCUCGGCCAUACCAAGUGCCAUAACUUUGCAAGAAAACGCAAAUAACUACAAUUUUGAGUGCCUUACUACUUUAUUACUAUUUUGUUAUCGGAUACUGGUUGUUUUUUUUUGGGGGGGGGUAUUUUUUUCAUAAAGAGAAAUAUACAUUAAUGAAAUUAUUCAAAGAGAACAUUUUCUAAUGGAGCAUUAAAUAUACAUUAUAUGUUUGUGUGAAAGCUUGUUCUUGUAUAUCACUGUAUUCCUGAGGUGGAUACAUAAAGUUAUAGGGGAAGCCAUUCAAUACUACAGCCAAUAACUGGAAAAUAAUUAUGUAAAUAGACGUUCACGGGAAAGGUUAAUAAACUGUUUUUUCCCCCCUACUUUCCAGUUUUAUCUUGCUGUGUAAAUGAACCCUAAAAGGUUAAGUGUUUUGCGACAUGCUGGAUGAGGAUAUUCAAUAAUUUGCAAAUUAUGUGAACCAGGAAGAAAAUAUCUAGUUUUGGACUUCAAACUUGUUUUUAUUCUUAAGGUUUCUGAUUGAUGUUCAAGUUCAGCAGUUGCUCUACCUCGAAAUGGACACAUAGAGGAUGUAACAGAAACAUUUUAACCUAUGGAAAUAAUUCUGUCUGCAUGAAUUCAUCGGCUUACUAAUGUCUGCAUUUUGCAGAAGUAUUUGAGCAAUAUUUGCUCUCCAAAAAGUACCAAGUAACUGUGGGAUCCCUGGUAUUAAAAUAUAUAUAAUGUAAAAACUUUUUGUUUGUUUGUUUUCAAAUCCUGGCCUUCUGCAGUUCUUUUACAUUGUACCAUUCCUGCUGUACUGUAAUCAACUAUAUUUUUGGUGAAAAUUGAACUGCUAUAGGUUGAAUGCAGAUUGUCUUUUGGAAGCCAUAAGAAGUCCUCGACCUUCUAAGGGCAUGGCAGUCAAGUAGACUGUGAAAUUAAAUCAACCUGUUUUGUCUUCCAAUGCCAAUAUAAUGCCUUACCUGCAUCUUGCUACCAUUAUGUAUUUUAGGGAAGAGUGUACUACUGGUUAAAAAAAAAAAAAAAAAAAGAAUCAAGAGAUAAAAUUAGUAAAGCUCCUGAGGUAUUUUGGGUUGUGCUUGAAGAAAAAUGUGUUUAACGAAAGUAUACAUAAAUGUUUGUGUGGUGUGGCGGGGGCACGUGUGUCUUUAUAUUUGUGAUACAUUUGUAUGUAUCCUAUAUAUGUCUACACACAGAUACCCACGUUUAUGGGCUGUUUGUAUUUAAAAAAAAAAAAAUGUAUUCUGCUGUAGUUGUGCAAUGUGCUCUCUUCAGUUCCCAGAGCUUUGAAAAGGUAAAUUUGUAUACCAUUACUGUGCUUUUUAGCCCGUUUGGGUUAUUUCUGUUCUCCAAAAGUGCAAUGCAACAAUGUGUGUGUGUGUUUUUGUUUUUCUAAAAAAGCUACAGUUAAGGCACUGGUUUUGUCUAUUCGUGUUUCUCUUGUCCAGUGUUUAGUGCAUCCCAGUUGGCCAGGAUUUUAAGAUUUCAGUGUUGGCACAAAUUGACAAUCAAUAUGUGAGCCAACAGAGUUCAUAAUAGAAAUCCUGAACUGCUGGAGGACCCAUCAGGACUGUAGUUAGGAAAUGUUGGUCUUUGUCAUUGUGGUAUAUAUUUAUUAUGGGAAACCCUCUUCAGGCACUCUCCCCAGAAAUGGCAGGUUCCUAAAGUUGUUUUAGUAGAUUAUAGUUUAAUAAAUUUGACGCAGUAGUUCAACAGCGUUUUUGUAAAUAUUUUAUAUGAUAUGAGGAUUAACUCCUUGGCUGCCAUAGAGACCUGCAGCUCACUUAGGGUGGUGACUGCAGGAUAGUUAAUGUUUUCCUUAACUACUUCUAAUGUAUGGUAGAAUUGCACAGCCAGAUGCAGAUAAAAUGUCUAAAAAAGAUAAAUAUUCUAAAAUCAGAGGAAAAGUAUAUUUUUUACAUUAUGUAGAUUUUUGUUUUCAUUCUGCACGUCUUUAGUGUAAAACAGAGGUCAGAAUUGAGGGUGACCAUUAUAAAAAUAAAUCAAUAAAAGCACUAUUACACAUCACGUGCAAUAUCAGACAAUCAAACUGAAUGACCAAUACAGCACAGUAGAAACUAGACCUCUUUCAUGGGUAAAGCCUGUAAUGUCUUUAGUGAUAUAUAUAAAGAGAGACUAAUAUAUUUGUAUAUUCACGGAGUAGCACUGAUGUGCACAUUUAUUAAAAUAUUACUAGUUCAGGUGAAAUAGAGAAGAACUAUGAACCAAUGAUUCCCUUAAUGUUUUUACCAAGUUAUUUCUUAAUUAAAUUUAUUUCAUAGACAUCCUUUAAGAUUUUUAAUAAAUAUAUUUUUAAGUUGUGUUACACAUUUUCUUGCAAAAUGGUGUCACAGAUAAUCAGCCCAGUGACACUGUUGGGCAUCAGUUGUCCAUAAUCAAUACAAAGAUAGCUUUAUUUGUGUAUGUAUACUGAUAGUAACGGUCUUGUCUUUUUUUAUGACCAUAUGUAUACUUUGUUAAGUUUGACUGAGAUGUGUUUAUUUUUAUUUUUUUUUAGACCCUUUUGUCCUUUUCCAAUAUUAUUAAACUGUGAAAAUAUUUACUAUGUUUGAACUCUGGGUUAAUCUUAGAUUUAGUUUGCAUGUUCAGCUAAUUGUAUUUUGUUUUGUUUUCCUCUCAGGGCUUUGCAAAACAUCUUUUCGAAGUCUGUUUUGUCACUUUUCAAAAAUUUCAAAAUAACUGCUUGAUUUAGUUUUUAUCUAAAGAUAACAGAUCACUACAAUAAGCACUUGACUGUGAAAGCAAUAAAGGCCCCGUGAGUGCUCCCUCAAUCAAAUGGAGCUACAGACACAGUCAUAAUUCCAACGACACAUUGAUUCUUGUUUGUAUUUAUGAAAGACCAUUUUUUUUAGCUGUUUCACCCCAUUUAUUAGACAUGAAACUAAGGUAAAAAUGUACAAAUUCAUAUUUUUCUAAAGGGAACGUAAACUGCUGCUAUGCAUUGUGUACAUGAAUGGUCUAUGCCACAUGAACAGAGAAUCACAUUUUGUUUUGGUACUUGUAUUUCUCCUCCUUUUUAUUCAGCUGUAUAGUACUUCCAAAAUCAAAUGAAAACUGUUCUGUAUCAAACAAUCUCUAAGCAAUAAAAGGUUAUAUUUAAUGUA